AGGGGAACCAGACUAGUACGACUGCUCACAUCGCAAUUGAAGUGUAGCCUGUGCAAUUCCUCCUUCUGCACACGCAAUUGCUGAUGUAAUCACAUAAUUAAUUAGAAGUUAAGAACUUACGUGUGGAUGAAAGAGAACCGUUUUGCAGAGGACUUUUUUUAGGAACAUCCUGUGCUUGGAGGUAGGCCACAGACAGAAAAAUACUGUCUGACUGUAGCAAAGGCUUCCGAAGGUCUCUUUACAUUAAGUCUACUUUGGCAUCCUACAGUCCUGCUGCUGGCCAUAAAGCUAUACAGGUGGCAUGUUUGGGUCUAGACUCCUCAUCAAGCUACCCAUAACAGCAUGUGUGUCUGCCUCUUCUGCCAGGGGCAUGGCAAUUUGCUUGAAACCAAGGUUAAGCAUUGUGGUUCCAAGCAAGGGAUAUGCUAGCCAGAGCAGAAUUGCAGCCAAGAGAGCUACUAAGACUAAGACCCUGAAGGAAAUGGCUGUUGCACCUGCUGAUGGCUCAGCUAUUAGUAUAGGGCGGGGGGCUUUAGCAGGUGCGGCAGCUGUUGGGAUCGGUGCUCUGUGCUACUACGGCCUUGGCUUGUCUAAAGAUGUGGGGGCAUUAGAACGAGCAGCCAUGUGGCCAAGAUAUGUGCAAGAGAGAGUUCAAGCUACCUAUUCCUACUUUGGCGUUGGUAUUGCAUCAACUGCUGCCUCAGCCUUGGCAAUCUCCAGGAAUCCAGCAAUUAUGGCAAAGAUGAUGCCCAAAUCGUGGUUGGGUGCCCUUGGCAUGAUGGGUGUGGUCAUGUGUUCAGGCUUCAUCUGUAUGUCUGUGCCAUAUACUGAGGGCAUUCUGGGAGGUAAACAGCUGGCCUGGUUGGCUCACAGUGGCCUCUUGGGGGCAGUAUUAGCCCCGAUGACACUGCUUGGAGGACAGUUGCUGGUCAGGGCUGCCUGGUACACAGCUGGAAUUGUUGGAGGUUUGUCUUGUGUGGCCGCUUGUGCACCCAGUGAGAAGUUUUUGUACAUUGGUGGUCCGCUAGCAAUGGGGCUUGGAAUGGUCAUAGCAGCAUCCAUUGGUGGAAUGUUCUUUGCACCAACAACUGCCUUAGGCUCGGGCUUGUACGCCAUCAGCACCUAUGGAGGAUUAAUUCUCUUUGGCGGCUUCUUACUGUAUGACACCCAGCUGAUCAUCAAACGAGCUGAAACGCAUCCCAUCAUGUCUCAGAGAUCGUUUGAUCCAGUCAACGCGGCAAUGGGAAUCUACAUGGACACAAUCAACAUCUUUAUCCGGAUUGCUAUGAUCUUGGCCAACUCAUCAGGUGGGAGAAAGAAGUAAAGAAAAAAAUACCACUGGUUGCCAAGAUGAUUGGAUUGUUGACACUGAUUAACUUAGGCAGUGUUCUUGGAUGUUCUAAUAACAAUCGUAACUCUCACAGGAUGUGUAUAUAGAAGCAGAGAUUUUGUAUCAUGUUUAGGGAAGGGUUGUGGGAUGCAUAAGCCAUGAAUAUGUAUUUGAGAUGACACCAUUUGGGAAGGAAGGUUUAAAAGUCCUUGACUGGGCCCAAUCUCACAGAGCUGCAUGUAACAGUUAGCAAAAAGCCAUGCUUACUAUAGCAGGAAACUUUACUUAAACCAUAAGCACUGUUUCAUGGCUUUGCCUGGUAGAAAUUUCCUUUGUUUUAUCACUAAUGUACAGCAAGCAUAUUUUUCAUCUGAGGAAAGGGUACAUUAUUGCUGAUUGAGCUUAUUGAGUCUCUGUUAGCAUAAAAUUGUGUGCUUGGCAGACCCAUGAAAACAGGCCCAGGUGACAGGUUCACUUACCUGGGAAGGCAAGGACAGAUAUGCACACCUGCCAACCAAUCGUACUCCUUCCUGAGGUCAAGCAUUACCACACAAUAGAUUAAAAGGUAUUUAAAAUGAGCGCACAUUUCAUUAAAAAUUCUAAUAUAUUAUAUGGUAAUGCCUGACCUCAGGAAGGAGUACGACAGGUUGGCAGGUAUGGAUACGAUCAGUCAGGCUCCUGGUUGUAUCGUACAUGUUUACGUUAUAGAAAGGAAGGUGUAGAACCAGUCUUCAUAUGAGAGUUAACACUCUUCAACAGUAUCACAUGUUAUCAUUAAUUAAAAGUCAAGUUUAUGAUUUGUAGCUAAAAGUGCAUGGGCUGAAAAAAGUUUGGAAAUUCCUGUUUUGUACAUAUUGUGAUGUAACAAGGCAUUGUUAAAAUUGUGAAUUGCUGAUAAAAAUUUACAGAUUCUAUUCACAGAGACUGUUCAGUUGUAAAAUUGACCGAUUAUCUCAUUCAGUUUUGUCAACAACACUUUAUUGGUUGUAGGUAUGAAUGAACUAUUCUUACACAAGUUAACAUGAAUGUAAAGACUGCGUUAAUUCCUCAGUUGUUGUCAAUUUUCUUUGGAGGAUAAGCAGGUACUUGAAGUGCAGGUCAUGUUGUACAAGGGUAACAACUUGACUGAUAUUCAGCUGAAGCAGGAAGUUAAUUAUUCGUACAGCAGAUACUAAGGACUUGCGUUCUUGAGUUUCUCUGGUUCUCUGGUUUUUUGUUCAGUUAUUUUUUCUGGUAAUAAUGGCUUUCAGCGGCUCUUGUGUUUGUGGCAUUGUACAUUGUUGACAUUCGUUCAGAAGACGUGUGCUCCCUGUUGGAACUCUACAUCAGCAAUAGCCAUGAAAAAAUAUGAGGGUGGUUUAUGUUCUUCCUUUUCUCCUCUACAAUUUUUUUCUUCAAUCCUGACGAACUCUAAAUGGCAAAUCCUUUAUCCAAAUUUAUUGCAAAUAAGUAUAAAGAUGUUAAUUGAUAUCAGACUGUUGGAUAUUAUGAAUCAGAACAGAACUCAUUCUUUUCCUUUUUAUGAAUAAAGGUUUGUGUUAACUUGACAUGUGGAACUCCUAAAAUUUGAGUCAGGAUAUCUGA